ACACUACUAUAGGAGUAUAUACAGGUGGGGGGCCAAUUGUUUUCCAAAUUCCUUCGUCCUUUCUUCUCCAACGUAGCCACUCUCUUCGCCCCUCUUUCCAUCCUCUGAAAGCUACUGCAAACUACCCCACGUCCUCUCUCUCCCACUCUCUCUCUCUCUCUCUAACCCCCAACCCCCAUCCUCUCUCUCUAACCCCCAUUCUCGAAAGUUCAUUUUCCACUAUCCAUUUCCCGCCCCACAACUACCCACCCACCAACCUCGGUUUAUCAGGCACGUAUUAGCGUUCGUUGUGACGGUCAUACAUCCCUCAGUAUCAGUAGUGUCAGCCAUGGCCUCUCGCUCGUCCGAUCCUGAGCAGCCUUCUCUCUCUUCCCUCGGAAACGUCGGCAAGUCCUCAGGAGAGAUCGAUGAUGCUCAUGUGCCUCUUGUUAACGGGGAACGCCAUUACGAUAGCUACUCUGUUCUCUCAGCUGUCCUCCCAUUUCUUUUCCCAGCCCUUGGAGGAUUACUGUAUGGCUAUGAUAUUGGUGCAACAUCCUGUGCUACAAUCUCCGUAGAGUCAGCCACAUUAAGCGGGACGACAUGGUAUGAUUUAUCUUCAGUAGACAUUGGUCUCAUAACUAGUGGCUCACUGUAUGGGGCUUUGAUUGGCUCUGUAUUAGCUUUUAAUGUUGCCGACUUUCUAGGAAGAAGAAGAGAAUUGAUUGUGGCUUCAGUGUUGUAUCUUGUUGGAGCGCUGGUUACAGCACUGGCACCUGACUUUGUCAUUAUGGUGAUUGGACGUUUUGUAUUCGGCAUUGGUAUUGGACUGGCAAUGCAUGCUGCUCCGAUGUACAUUGCUGAGACAGCUCCAUCUCAGAUACGUGGUCAAUUAAUUUCUCUCAAAGAGUUCUUUAUAGUUCUUGGGAUGGUUGCAGGUUAUGCACUAGGAAGCCUUUUGGUUGACACAGUUUCCGGUUGGCGCUACAUGUAUGGGGCUAGCACACCCAUAGCUGUAGUUAUGGGAAUUGGAAUGUGGUGGCUACCUGCGUCGCCUCGUUGGCUACUUCUAUGUGCUAUACAAGGUAAAGGCAAUAUGCAGAACCUAAGAGAGACUGCCGUAUAUUGCUUGUGCCGGCUCCGAGGUGAAGCUAUUGGUGAUUCAGCUCCUGAACAAGUAGAAGAAAUGCUGGGUGAGCUUUCUUAUGUUGGUGAAGAAAAAGAAGCCGGAUUGGCAGAGAUGUUCCAGGGGAAGUGCUUGAAAGCCCUUAUUAUUGGUGCUGGAUUAGUCUUAUUUCAGCAGAUAACAGGGCAGCCUAGCGUGCUAUAUUAUGCUGCAUCAAUUCUUGAGAGUGCAGGAUUCUCUGAAGCAUCUGAUGCAACAAGAGUCUCAAUUCUUCUUGGUUUACUGAAGUUGAUUAUGACUGGAGUAGCAGUUGUAGUUGUUGAUAGAGUUGGGAGAAGACCUUUAUUACUUGGAGGUGUCUCUGUCAUGGUCAUAUCGUUAUUCUUAUUGGGAUCAUACUACACUUUUCUGGAUAAUGCACCAGUUAUGGCUGUAGUGGCACUGCUAUUGUAUGUCGGGUGCUAUCAGUUGUCAUUUGGUCCCAUUGGUUGGCUGAUGAUUUCGGAGAUUUUCCCGCUUCGGCUGAGGGGUCGAGGAUUAAGUAUAGCCGUGCUUGUAAAUUUCGGUGCAAACGCUAUAGUGACAUUCUCAUUUUCCCCUCUGAAGGCAUUGCUGGGAGCUGGAGCUUUGUUUUUCAUCUUCGGAGGAAUAGCUAUUAUAUCCCUUGCUUUCAUAUACUUUAUAGUACCAGAGACCAAGGGGCUGAGUCUGGAGGAGAUCGAGGCCAAACUCCUUUAGGCAUUUUUUUACUGCCAAGCCACCCUUCGGUAGUACAGUUAUAGACUCAAUAGCCAUUGCCGGGAAAUGUUCGGAUUUUGUAUUUGGAUGUUAUGUAUGUAUAUUUUUCCAAGCGAGAUGUAAUAUAAUCAACAUGUCUCCAUAUGCAGCAGUUUACAGUGUUGCCUAAAAAUAGAGAAGUUUCCUUCUA